UAAACGGAUCUCUCGCGCGUGGACGAGUAGCGUAGGAAACGGAGCCUGAACUCGCGAGCUAAUAAAAACAGCGCCGUGAGAAAACCGAGCUAACAGGGAUAAUGAGCGGCGAGGCGGAGAAACGGGGCUAGUUAUCUCGUGUUUUUAGGGGAGGGGCGGAGUUCUUUGGGUCGGAGUUGUUGGGGGUAAGUAAGUUUGACGUUAAGUCGGGGCUUUUCUGUCAUUUUUAAAUCGGUCGAGGCUCCGCGGGGCCGUUGGAGUCGUGAGGGCGAAAUGUGGGAGCAGGAGGAGUUCGAGAAACACUGGAGGAACGAGUUCCCCGACGGAGAGGUGCCCAACAUGAAGCUCAGCUCGGUGGAGGACAUCGAGAAGGAGCUGGAGAGGUGCAAGGCGAACCUGAAGACGCUCCAGCAGGCCCUGUCUGAGGAGAAGUUCAAGGUGAUUUACCUGCAGACCACUAUCGCUCAGAAGAAGAAAAGUUACGACGUGGAGAGGUGGGGGUGUAAAGAAGAGGGGGGAAACAACGGCCACGACGAGGAGCAGGAGAAAGACGACGAGGAGGUGGACAAGGAGGUGGUGGUGGAUGCUGCUGCUGCUGCUUCCCCGGCGGCUCCUGUUGCUCCUGCUCCCGCUCCUCCUGCGCCUGAGCCCGGGGAGGAGUCGGGCAGUAAGCCCGCCGCCGCUAAAGUCGAGCGGUUGGAAAGCACAAAAGUUCCCAUGCGGAUAAAACUCCCGGGCCUGGGGAGCAGCUUUACCGGGAGUAGAGGCGGUGAAGAGCAGAGCAGCUCCACUCCCGUGCGUUCAGACGUGGCCAGAGGCAGCAAGACGGGAAAACCCAUUCUGGUGCCUCCUCGGAAGAAGCCCAGCUUCAACAAGGAGAGCCCCAGCGCCCCGGUCCAGGAGCAGCCGCCCGCCCGCGACCUGAAGCAGCCACAGCCACAGCCCCAGCAACAGCAGCAGCAACUUCAACCGACACCUCAGCAGCCCCAGCAGAAAACUGAGAAACCCGAAAAAACCGAGAAGAACGAGACAGAGCAAGACAGCGACCACGACUACGAGGACGUGGAGCUCAACGAAAACUUCGUGCAGAGGAACCUCCUCAACCCCAGGGCGAAGGUGCAGCUCCGCUGGAGCAGGGACCUGGAUUCUGGAGACGAGGGCAGGCACUCGCCCUCCAUACCGUCCCGCUGCUCCUUAGGCUCCGGCCGCAGCACUCCUGACCGCCGGAGCGACGGAUACCUCAGCUCCGACCACGACGACUCCUCUUCAGCAGAUUUUAACUACAACACGGAUGGAUAUGAGGGAGAUGGUGCGGAGGACAGGAAGUCUCAGGAUGGCUCAGAAACGAUGCCCUUCAUCGACGAGUCGCCCACCAUGUCUCCGCAGCUGUGUGUCCGGCCUGACGGUGAAGCUGUGUCUCCUACACCACCUGAAGGUCUACUGCCUGGAGGGGACAUCGAAAACUGUCUGGGGAUGAAGAAGCUGGUGUUGUCUGGAUUUCUGGCCAGUGAAGAGAUCUACAUUAACCAGCUUGAGGCCCUGUUGCUGCCCAUGCGUCCCCUAAAGGCCACAGCCACCACCUCGAAGCCUGUACUGACCGUGGAGCAGAUCGAAACCAUCUUCUAUAAGAUUCAGGACAUCUACGAGAUUCAUAAAGAGUUCUACGAUGCUCUCUUCCCCAACAUCCAGCAGUGGGAUGAUAAAGUCACAGUUGGCCAUCUGUUCCAGAAGCUGGCCAGCCAGCUCGGUGUGUACAAAGCGUUUGUUGACAACUACAAAUUGGCCUUGGAAACAGUGGAGAAAUGCAGCCAGGCCAACUCUCAAUUCCAGAAGAUAUCUGAGAAUGUCAAAGUUAAGGGACCGAAAGACUCCAAAGACCGCACCACUACUGUCACCAUGGAAGCUCUCCUCUAUAAACCCAUUGACCGUGUCACUCGGAGUACCCUCGUACUACACGACCUGCUGAAACACACUCCUAAAGAGCACCCAGACUUUGCUCUGCUGCAGGACGCUCUGCGCAUCUCCCAGAACUUCCUCUCCAGCAUCAACGAGGAGAUCGACCCACGCAGGACUGCUGUUACCACACCCAAGGGAGAGGCGCGUCAGCUGGUGAAGGAUGGCUUCCUGGUGGAAGUGUCUGAAGGUUCUCGUAAACUCCGCCAUGUUUUUCUCUUUACUGAUUUGCUGCUCUGUGCCAAGAUGAAGAAGACUGCAGUGGGGAGGAAUCAGCAGUAUGAAUGUAAGUGGUACAUCCCCCUGGCUGAUCUGACCUUUCAGACGCUGGACGACAGUGACUCCUGCCCGCAUGUUCAGACCCUUCCUGAGCACGAGAUUGAGGAGAUGAAGAUCAAGAUCUCCGUCAUCAAGAGCGAGAUCCAGAAAGAGAAGAAAGCACAGAAGGGGCAGAGCCGCAUCGUGGACCGCUUGAGGAAGAAGAUGAAUGAGCAGGAGUCAUGGUUACUGCUGCACUCACCAACCAUCCCGUUCCGCAUCCACAACAAACACGGCAAGAGUUUUGUUUUCCUGCUCUCCUCAGAUUAUGAGAGGUCAGAGUGGAGAGAAAGCAUUCAGAAGCUCCAGAAAAAAGAUCUUCAGUCGUGUGUGUUGAGUACACUAGAGCUUCAGGUCCUCACCAGCUCCUGCUUCAAACUGCGCACCGUCCACAACAUCCCCGUCACCAGUAACAAAGACGAUGAGGAAUCAUCAGGCUUGUACGGUUUCCUGCACGUCAUCGUCCAUUCUGCCACCGGCUUCAAGGAGUCAGCCAACCUGUACUGCACUCUGGAGGUGGAUUCUUUUGGCUACUUCGUGAGUAAGGCGAAAACCCGUGUGUUCCGGGAUACCGCUGAACCACAAUGGAACGAGGAGUUUGAGAUUGAGCUGGAAGGCUCCCAGUGCCUGCGAAUCCUCUGCUAUGAGAAAUGCUACGACAAGUCCAAGCUCAACAAAGAUGAUAACGAGAUCGUAGACAAGAUCAUGGGCAAGGGCCAAGUACAGCUGGACCCACAGACGGUGCAGUCCAAGAACUGGCAUGUGGACGUGAUUGAGAUGAACGGGAUUAAAGUGGAGUUCUCCAUGAAGUUCACAAGUCGGGACUUGAGUUUGAAGAGGACGCCUUCUAAAAAGCAAAGCGGAGUGUUUGGAGUUAAAAUCAGCGUAGUGACAAAGCGUGAACGUUCCAAGGUGCCUUACAUUGUGCGGCAGUGUAUCGAGGAGGUGGAGAAGAGGGGAAUUGAUGAAGUGGGCAUUUACCGGAUCUCUGGUGUGGCCACAGACAUUCAGGCCCUCAAAGCUGCAUUCGAUACCAAUACCAAAGAUAUCCUGGUAAUGUUGAGUGAUAUGGACAUCAAUGCCAUCGCAGGGACGCUGAAGCUGUACUUCAGAGAAUUGCCCGAGCCUCUGCUCACUGACCGCCUCUACCCAGCCUUCAUGGAGGGCAUUGCUCUGUCUGACCCAGCAGCCAAGGAGAACUGCAUGAUGCACCUGCUGCGCUCCCUACCCGACCCCAACCUCAUUACAUUCCUCACCUUACUGGAGCACUUAAAGAGGGUGGCUGAGAAGGAACCGAUAAACAAGAUGUCUCUGCACAACUUGGCCACUGUAUUUGGCCCAACGCUGCUCAGACCCUCCGAGUCUGAAACCAGUAAGCCUCACAUAACCAUGGCCUCCGACAUCUGGUCUCAUGACGUCAUGGCACAGGUCCAGGUGUUACUGUACUACCUACAGCAUCCUCCCAUUUCCAUCGCUGAGCUCAAGAGGAACACACUUUACUUCUCUACUGACGUCUAGCACUCCGAAUAAAAGAAAGAAAGAAAGAGAGAGACAGAGAGACUUCCGCACUGUUCCAUUCCCUCCAAACACCACAAUCUAUUUACUGUACAGAAUCAGCCCAUGCCACCGCAGGGGGCUCCAGUGAGAGGCUACAUCCCCCUCCCUCCCAGCUCCCUGCUGUCCAGUCUCAUGAUGUUCUGAGCAUGUGCGGAGAGAGCGGUGGCCACACCCCCCUGACCGGAGGAGAGCCGGAGCUAAACGAAGAUGGAGCCUUUGACCUUUUCAGUUAGGGGUCAAGCACCCGAUACCACCAUAGGAGACACCAACACACAUGCACACACACUCUCAGACACACACACACUAUCUGUACCCCUUCUACUCGUCUCUUUAAAGCUCCUGGGUGUAAAACAGGAUGCUAUGUUUCCACAGCAGCUGAAAGAGAGGUGAUCUGUAGAUGCUUCUCCAACACUCUGGCUCCUCUAAGGCUCAGCUCAGUGAUGCCGGUGCAGAAGAUGGCCCACAGUUCCACUCUCUACAACUUUCUUUCUGUUUUUUUUUUUUUUCCUUCCCCAAAUCAGAGGCAUUCCAUAAAUCAUGCAAACACCACAUAUUGUGUUCUCACACAUGAUUUGGCUCCAGUAACGGCCACGGUUUUGUUCUAUGGCCUUUAUGCACGUGUAAAGAGAAGUGUGCGCGUGUACGUGAGCGUCUUCUUAAAGACGAUGCUCAGAUUGGACCCUUUUGCUCUCAGUGGAGAAUCCAGAAAGCGCCAGACGUCUCCUGACCGUUCCCAGGCCAAACCACCUUAUUUAUUAUAAAUAUAUUCUAUAUGUGUGCCUGUACAGUGCGUUACAGUUAGAGAACGACUCCGCCGAGUCUUUCGUUUGAAGUUUUCUUUUGGAUAGUGGCUUUUUUUAAACUGCAAGUUUCUCAUGUAUGGUCAGUACUGACUGAGCUGUAACUGUUCUGUAAACAAAGGUAAAACUAAUAACAGAAGCAAAGGAAGAAAAUACUUUGACCGCUAACUCUGGCAGUUUUUUUAAAUCUGAUUCCAUUUUGUAUGGAAGUAAAUCAUGGUAUGCAAUCUAGUGAGAUUUUUCAUCUUGGAAAUAUCCUUGUUUUGCAAAAGACUCUGAUUUCCUUUCUUCGUCUCACUUGUGCAAGCCUGCCCGACGCAUCCAGUGUAACCUAUGGGAUGAUCUGUGUCCUUAUCCUUACUGCAUGUUCAGCUUGUCAAUCAAAAACAGUGGGCAGGUUAUACAAGAAGCUAAACCUCCACGUUGUUCUUCUUCAUUUUCUUCUUCUUCUUCUUCUUCUUCUUUUUUAAUCAGACUGCUCAACUCCAACUCUCACUGCAGUGGAAUAAGCAGACUUCUCUGCUGACAAAGCCAGUCACAUAUCCACAAUAAGAACUGUAAGAUAUUGAAUACUAUUUGAUAUUUUUUAAUAUAAGAUUACAGGAAAAUCAGUUGUAUUUUACUUUUGUUGGAAAGAUAUUGAGUAUACCGUAUUAACAAUAAGGGUAAAUGUUGAUGUGUACUUUUUUCCUGUUUUUUAGUAAAAUAAAUAAAAAUGUGUACAAGAAA